AUGGGAGAGGACGUUUACCUCAUAUACCAUGAUCGGGCCAGCCAGGUACGGCUGUACCGCGGACUCCCUGAGCGCCCAGACCCGACAGGCAUCCAAUCCUGGGGCCGCUGCCAGCGGGACCCACCUGCCCUUGCAAAGGAUAUCGGUCUUGUAUGGACGAGUCUAGAAGGACACCGGGUCCUGACCAUCCCGGACAUCCGAAAAAAGAAUCCUCACCUACCGGCUGACCAGUUCGGACCCACCAAUACCCCAAUCCUCAUGGCCCCGAAGAAAUGGCGAGGCAUACCUCUGGGAGCACCUGGCACAAUUGUGCCCAUAGGGCCCCCAAAACCGUCCGCUUUGGAUCCACAGAAAUCGACCCCUGCACGGGCCCUACACAGCAUGCCAUACCAGAAACUCCAUGGUAACCGCCACCCAACCCUGGGACUUAACCAGAAAACUAAACUGGACACGCGCAAGGACACCCCGGAGGGCGACAUAUCCGCCAAAACCCAACGCUCCAGCAGUCACAACAGACCUUCUAACAAGCAGGCGUACCCGCAAAUACACCCACCUCUGACUCCCGCGUCUGCCAUUCCACCCAUACCCUGGA